GGCCAAGGCCCAGAGAAAGUGGAACCCUAACGGUGGAAACGCAUGACGGAGUUUUGUGACAUAACAGCAACAGGAGAGGAGAGGGAGAAGGAGAGACAUCGGCAUCGCAGAGAAGAGAAGAGAAGAGAAGAAGAGAAAGGAAAUCGGAAGAAGAGAAAUGGGAAAGGGAGAAGAGCUGGAUGCGUCUCCUCUUCUUCAGGAGUCCUACAACUCGCUGGGCCUCAGUUGCGUUUGGUGCUGGAGUUGGAAUUGGGUCUGCUUACACAGAAUGUUCUUCGCUGUUUGCUGGAUCCGCAACCAAGAUAGCACCACCCCAGGUCCAUGACACUCCCAUUCAGAAUGUGUCGGACACGGAGUAGAUGCUUGCUUAAGGGAUCCCGCUUCUUGGAUGUCAAGACAGAAUGUUAUUAUUAUUAUUGGUGGUUUUUUUUCCAUACCGGUAACAUGUAGAAACCCUGUGAUUCUGUAAUGUAUGCAGAGUUCAUUCACAAGCUGUUAACGUUGGAUCACAAAAUAGAAAUAACCAUUGCCUUCUGCAGAUUUCAAGUUGUGUCUGCACAAUUUUCAAUCUGAAUGCUAGCUAGUGUCUUAUCAUUUCUGCUUAGGCAUAUGACACCAUGCGUCUUUGUGUGAUUUCAAUUUUGUCUUGUAUAAUUGAACUGGAUGGCUUCUUGCCGUGAGUCUUAAAUGGAAUCGAAUAAUGGAUACACUAGCUAGAAAGAUGAAGUUGAAUGAACAAGAAGUGCUCGUUCUUCGUUUCUGAGCUUGAAUUCC